AUCCUCUUCACUUCCCCACUUCAAAGCCUUCUCCAUUAAUGCAUUUUCCCCAAGGCAACUCCACCUCAAACAUCCAUGUCUCCAUCUUGCUUACAACAACCAAAGCCAAGCCUUGAAGACGACUCCGUCUUCCUCUUCUCCACCUCUAAUUCCCCUGAUGAAUCCGCCAGCCAUUCCUCCUCCUUCUACCAGCCGUCGCCGCCACCGCCACCGCCUGUGGAAACCUCCUAUAAACUUAACGUAAGAAACCUUUCCUAUAGCAUUCAACCAAGCGGUUCAUUUUAUCACUUGGGGAAGAAGAAGCCUAAAGUGAUUGAUAUACUCAAAUCGGUGUCUUUCGACGCCAGAGGCUCUGAGAUUCUCGCUAUUGUUGGCCCUAGCGGGACCGGGAAAUCGAGUCUGCUUCGGAUAAUAUCAGGAAGGAUAAGGGAGAAGGAUUUUGAUGCUAAAAGUAUAGCGAUUAAUGACCAUCCAAUAAUUAGUCCGUUUCAACUGAGGAAGAUAUGCGGAUUUGUGGCACAAGAAGAUGAUUUGCUUCCAUUACUCACAGUAAAAGAAACGCUUAUGUUUAGCGCAAAAUUCAGGCUCAAAGAGAUGAGCUCAAAGGAGAAAGAAGAGAGGGUUGAGAGCUUGUUGCAUGAACUUGGUCUCUCGCAUGUUGCAGAUAGUUUCGUUGGAGACGAAGAGAAUAGAGGAAUAUCCGGUGGAGAAAGAAAAAGGGUUUCAAUUGGUGUUGACAUGAUGCACAAUCCAUCGAUUUUGGUCCUGGAUGAACCAACUUCCGGAUUGGAUAGUUCUUCGGCUCUUCAAGUGAUCGAGCUGCUCGCUUCAAUGGCGAAAGCAAAGCAAAGAACGGUUGUGAUAUCCAUCCACCAGCCGGGUUACAGGAUUCUUCAGUAUAUUUCAAACUUCUUGAUCCUUUCUCAUGGCUCUGUUGUCCACAAUGGCAGCCUGGAAUCGCUUGAAGAAACCAUUAUUCAUCUGGGAUAUCAAAUUCCGGUGCAGCUGAAUGCGCUAGAAUUCGCCAUGGAAAUUAUGCAAACAUUGGAAGAUAAUUCUUAUUCCAAAAAUUACAUAUCAGCAAACCAAUAUUCUUACUCCAUAUCUGCCGAUGAAGAAAUCGGGCUGAGAACUCAACAACACAAGGAGAAUUACAGAAACUUUAACCAUACUCUCUAUCUCCUCAAUCUGUAUGAGAUUUUAGUUCUGAUUUCAAGAUUCUGGAAGAUAAUUUAUAGAACAAAGCAGCUGUUGCUGGCACGAACAAUGCAAGCUCUAGUUGGAGGAUUCGGUUUAGGAAGUGUGUACGUAAACGUGAGAAAAGAUGAAGCCGGAGUUGCAGAGCGAUUAGGCCUAUUCGCAUUCAGUCUUAGCUUCCUCCUCUCUUCAACAGUCGAAGCUCUCCCCAUUUACCUCCAAGAGCGGCGAGUUUUAAUGAAGGAAACCUCAAGAGAAGCCUACAAAAUUUCCUCCUACAUGAUCGCCAACACGAUAGUGUUUCUUCCAUUCUUAUUUGCAGUAUCUCUUCUAUUUUCCGUCCCCGUUUACUGGAUCGUAGGCCUCAAUCCUUCUAUCUCCGCCUUCGCAUUUUUCACCUUCGUGGUUUGGCUCAUCGUUUUAAUGGCGAGCUCUCUCGUCCUCUUCCUCAGUGCAGUCUCUCCCGACUUCAUUUCUGGGAACUCUUUAAUAUGCACUGUUCUCGGAGCUUUUUUCUUGUUCUCCGGCUACUUCAUCCCCAAGGAAAACAUCCCCAAGUACUGGCUCUUCAUGUACUACGUUUCGCUUUACAGAUAUCCAUUGGAUUCGAUGCUGACGAAUGAGUAUUGGAACGAGAAGGGAGAAUGUUUUUCAUGGGGAAUUCAGGAUCAUUCCGAGUGUCUGCUUACGGGAAACGAUGUGUUGAAGAGUCGAGGGCUAGAAGAAGACGGGCGGUGGAUGAAUGUUGGAAUAAUGGUUGGGUUCUUUGUGCUGUAUCGCAUUCUUUGUUGGCUUAUUCUCAUUCGGAGAGCUUCAAGGACUACCAUUUGACUCCUAAGAGAGCUUGUCUGUUUAAUUAGGAUUAUAACUAUUUGUUUGCAUUGCUGAUAAUUGUGUAUGUUUUGGGAUCUUAAAUUUAUAAAAAUUUUAAUUAGAUUGAA